GGCACAAAUUAGAAGUCCGGGAGCAUCAGGCUGGGGCUGCGGCGGCACAGAGGGACCUUCCCAGGAGAGAGACAUUGUCUGAGGGGUCGCGGGCGGGAGCUGCUCUACUGAUCAAACACUGGAUGUGCCCAAUAUGAGAGUCUCACUGGCCAACUUGUGGCUUGCGCUCCUCUUAACCCUUGUGGUGCCUGAGUCAGUGAGAGGCUGUACCUGUGCCCCAGCUCACCCCCAGGAACACAUCUGCCAUGCGGCAAUCGUGAUUCGGGCAAAGAUUUCGAGUGAAAAGGUGAUUGUGGCUCCGAGUGCUGAGCCCUUCAACUCCAUCAAACUGAUCCAGUAUGAGAUUAAAGUGAUUAAGAUGUUCAAGGGCUUUGAGAAGAUAAAGGACAUUCAAUACGUUUAUACCCCCCUGGACUCCUCCCUCUGCGGCAUCAAACUUGAAGCCAACAACAAGAAACAAUAUCUCCUAACUGGCCAAAUGUCUGCGGAUAACAAGGUUUAUAUUCAGCUCUGCAACUUGAUUGAGCCGUGGGACGACCUGUCCUUCUCCCAUAAGAAGAGUCUCAACCACAGAUUUCAGAUGGGCUGCGAAUGUAAAAUCACAACCUGCUACACGGUGCCGUGUUCCCUCCAGGCAGCAAACGAGUGUCUGUGGACAGACUGGCUGAUAGAGAGGAGGCUGUACGGACAACAAGCGAGGAAUUGCGCCUGUAUUAUGCGCAGCGACGGCUCCUGCACUUGGUACCGGGGGGGCCCUCCCAUCGACAAGGAACUCAUUGAUAUCAGUGAACCGUAGUCACCCCCCCCGCUGAUCCAAUGGCUCCUUCCAUGUUCUCUACCAAAAUCUUCCCCCUGGGAACUGAGAUCCAUAGGGAAUUGUUAGAUAGAGACUUAUUGGAUUCUGAUCCACUCGCAAUGUGGGUCCCGUGGGGCGAAUAAGGGUUUUGGGGGUGUAGGUUAUUCAAAAUCCAACUGCCGGCUGCUUUCACUCCAGUUACAAAGACAUUUCUCAUCAUAUUCCAGUGAAAUGUAGAGCGUUCCUUCCGGCUGUUACUCUCUGCUCUUCCUAGUUCAUUAGAUUAAAGGGUUGUUCUCCUUUAAAUUAACUCUUAGUAUGAUAUCGAGAGGGAUAUUCUGAAACAAUUUGCAAUUGGUUUUCAUUUUGUAUUAUUUGUGGUUUUUCAGUUAUUUAGCAUUUUAUGCAG